AUGGCUCGAUUUCCCUCACAACAAAACCGUCCGGUCCAUGCGACCCCCCAUGUCAACCACAAUGGGCCAAUUGAACAAAACUAUGACACCGCCAACCCUGCCUACAUCCGCAAGUACCUCCGCACAUACGGAUUGACUCCCCCUCGCGCAGAAAGCUACGAGACCCAGAAGACUCGGUGUCUCGCCCAGUUGGCGUUGAAGCAGACUCCCAUCGAUAAAUUCCUCUACCUCAGCACUCUCCGUAAGAACAAUGUACACCUGUUUUACCGUCUGGUCACAGACCACCUGCGGGAAAUGACUCCCCUCAUCUAUACCCCAGUCGUUGGCGAGGCCUGCCAGCGGUGGUCCGAGAUCUACCAACAGCCGGAAGGUAUGUACCUCAGCUGGGAAGACCGGGGUAACUUGGCUUCUGUCAUUGCCAACUGGCCCCAGCCCAACGUGGAGAUCACAUGCAUUACCGAUGGUUCCCGAAUUCUCGGUCUAGGUGACCUUGGCAUCAACGGAAUGGGUAUCCCCAUUGGCAAGUUGGCUCUCUACACUGCAUGUGCUGGUAUCCGACCUGAAGCCACCCUGCCCUUGACUCUUGAUCUCGGAACAAGCAACAAGACUCUCCGGGAAGACCCGCUGUACUUGGGUAGCCGCCGCGACAAGGUUACUCCCGAUGAGGAGCGCGAGUUCUUGGACGAGCUUAUGGCUGCCUUGACCGAGCGCUGGCCCGGUAUUGUCAUUCAGUUCGAAGAUUUCAAGAACCCCUUCCCUGCACUGGAGCGCUACCAGGACGUCUACACUUGCUUCAACGACGACAUCCAGGGCACUGGUGCCGUCAUCCUCGGUGGUGUCAUCAACGCCGUGAAGCGCUCUGGAGUUCCCUGCAAGGACCAGCGUGCGGUUUUCUUCGGUGCGGGAAGUGCUGGAGUGGGUGUCGCUAAGCAGAUUGUGGCUUUCUUCAUGCGCGAGGGUAUGACCGAGGAUGAGGCUCGCUCAUGCUUCUAUCUGGUCGACACCAAGGGUCUUGUGACCGCAGACCGAGGUGAUAAGCUUGCCGAGCACAAGGUCUACUUCGCCCGCACAGAUAACCAGGGUCAGCAGUUCAAGACCCUUGAGGAGGUCGUCGACCACGUCAAGCCCUCCAUUCUCAUGGGUCUUUCCACCAUGGGUGGCGUUUUCACACCCGAGAUUCUGCGCAAGAUGGCCGAAUGGAACGACAAGCCCAUGGUCUUCCCUCUUUCAAAUCCUUCCCACAAGUCUGAAUGUGACUACGAGGCUGCCGUCACGCACACCGACGGCCGUGUUCUCUUCGCCUCCGGUUCUCCCUUCCCUACCAUGUCCUUCACCAACUCCGCCGGCGAGACCAAGAUGUACUACCCCGGCCAGGGUAACAACAUGUACGUCUUCCCUGGUAUCGGGCUGGGCACUAUCCUGUCCAAGUCCGUGAAGGUCACCGACAGCAUGAUCUAUGCUUCCGGUGAGGCCCUCUCCAAGGCUCUCACUGCGGAGGAGAUUGAGCGUGGUCUCCUCUACCCCGACCUGACCCGCAUCCGUCAGGUCAGCGUUGUUGUGGCCCGCAACGUUAUCCGGGCUGCCCAAGAAGCCAAGGUCGACCGUGAGGCUACCCUCCGCACAAUGGACGAUGAGGCCCUUGAUGCGUGGAUCAAGGCUCACAUGUACGACGCUCACUCCGAGGUUCACCAACUCGAGCGGGAAGUUGGUUCUAUCCUGUCUACCCUGGGUGCCCCAGGUCAACACUUCACCAAUGGCUCCUCAGACGAGGCUAAGCUGUAA